ACCAAUCAGCCAAAUAUUUCAGUUAACAAGUAUCCAUGCCUGCAAUGACAUGUAGUGACAAUCACUAAACAUUCCUCAAUUUUUUCUUGAACCCAUCGGUCAACUCUUCUUCUAUUUCCAUAUAAACCCUCAAAACCAAUCUCACCACUCACCUCAAAACCCAUCUAAAUUUUCUCUCUAAAUUAUCAAAAAAAUAAAAAUAAAAAUUCAUGGGUUCUGAAACACUGUCUGCCAAGCUUCCAACGGUUGAAUUUACGGGCGAAAACUUGAAGCCUGGCAAUAGUUCUUGGAUCGCCACGUGCCACGAAGUCCGUCGAGCACUCGAAGAGUAUGGUUGCUUUGUGGCAGUGUAUGAAAGAGUUGAUUUGGAGCUUGAUGAAGCAAUAUUCAGUGAAUUGGAGGAAUUGUUUGAUCUCCCAACAGAAACCAAAGUCCAAAACACUUCUGAUGUGCCUUACUUUGGCUAUGUUGGACAAUUGCCGUAUAUUCCUUUAUAUGAGAGUAUGGGGAUUAGUGAUCCACAGACUCUCCAAGGAACUCAAACUUUCACUAAACUCAUGUGGCCUGCCGGUAAUGACAAAUUCUGGUAUGAUUUGAUCUCUUUUGUUUUAGGGUUAAUUGUGUUAAGAUUUCUCAACUACUAGCGAAUAUCAUUUUAUUUCUUUAUCUAUAAAUCCGUACAUUGACCCUCUCACUUGUGAAAAUUGUACAAAUACAUCUCUUUUGAAUAUGGUCUCCAGGAGUGAAAGUGAUACAUUUUUAUAGUUGAGGGAGUCAAAUGUACCGAUUCAUAGAUGAAAGACAAUAAAGUGAUAUUUAAUAAUAGUUAAACAGUAUUAUUGUAAAUAACCCAUCGUUCUAUUUAUUGUUUGUAAAGUACAUGUUUCGUGUCAACUUUUGCUGGGUCUUGUUUGAUUAGAAUAAAAUAAAUGAGGGAAAGUGAAAAUAGUAAUAAGUGUGGUAAAAGAAAAAAAAUGAAAAGAAAAUAUAUUUUCUUAUAUUAAUUUGAUUAUGAUAAAAAUUUUACAAGAAAACAGGAAUUUAAAUUAU